AUGCGCUUCAGUGCCAUCGCCACUGGCGUUGUCGCUGCCCCUGCCUGCAUCGCUCUCCAGGUGAAGAAGCCCCCGGCCCGUAUUCUCACCCCUGCCGGCAUCGUCAUUCGUUUCCUGUCAUCUUACUUCGUUCUACUCAUUUUUGCCCUUGGCGCGGUCCCAUUUUCUAAUCUCUUAGCUCUGGUCCCUCACUUGGUUGGCGUACGCGCCGACUCCGCUUGCGCUUCAGGCGUUGACGUCUCCCGAUGUUGUUGUACUUUGCUUCACGCGACUGUGCCCUCCCACAUCAACACCAGGCCCUCAGUAUUUUCUCAUAGUGUUCUGAACUUCGUCAAUGCCCCUCCCGAAUAUCUUCCUGCCCCGGUGCCGGAGGCAGAAGUUGUGCUGAACCGCCCCAAGAUUGCCACGCUCCUCCGCCUUCUUUGGCUUCUGCCGCGCCAGUAUCAGCGAGGCUCCGCGGCCUUCAUCCCUGGACCUGUUCCAUGCCCGCUUCCAUCGCCGAAGAGGGUCUUUGGUUCCUUCGAAGCUCCGACUCACGAACAGCUUCGAGUAGAAAAGCAGUACGCUGAAUUCGUAGCGCGGCAGGAAUCUGAAAUUAUAGACAGAGCUACUGCCUGUGCGGCACAGUUCGACCAGCCUUUGGUCAACGCUGCUGCUGCCGGAGUGGACACGGCGGCAGGCAAGGCGUUGCAAGCUAUCGCCUACGAUGAAGAACUUGGAGCAGACCUCCGCCGACUUAAAAAGCUGGCUGACGAGAAGGAUGACGAGGCCUUGAGAGUUCUUCACGAGCAUCUCUCCGUAGCAAUCUCUCCAGCGCGCCUCCCAGGUCCAGGUGCGCCUCCACUGGCUUCUGGGCCGUUGGGUGUAUCUGAACAAAAGCACAGCGUGACGGCUCAGCAACCUUUUGCGGAGGGAGCUGCGGAUCGGGAGGCAGCAGUCAGUUCCGACACCGGGGAGGCGAUAGCGAACCAGGAGAAAGCAAAGACGACGAAGAAGCUGGUGUGGCUGCCUUUUUAUCGCCAACGAGCCAAAUCUCGUCACGAAUCGGCUGCGAGUCUUGUUCGCGACGUCUGCCGGUCUCCCUUGACUCGGUUCAACCGGCUGCUGAUAGCAGAGGCCAUUGAUCGGUGGUGGAGUGCCUGGCAGGACCGUCGACUGGCCGGAGUCGUGACUAAGAAACUUGGGCGGCUAAAAUGUCUCGGUCGUCAAUUCAAGGCAAGUGGCAUCCCGCCGGAGAAGCUAUUAGAGGAGAACGCCUUCGAACAAUACCGGAUGUUUGAUGAUCUGCCACACACCCGUUUCGUCGCAAACUACAUGAGACGGCACUCCUGUCCCUGGCAACCGCCUCCGCAUUCCAGCAGCUGUGGGGUUUCCUCUGACAAGGAAGGCGCGUUAACAAACAAUCAGCCAUGGAUCGGAUACCAGGGCAGCGUUGGGAGACGUCCGGGGAUUGCUGACGGCGCAGCCAGCACGGGAGAUGAAAACGGUCAGAAGCGGCGGCAAACGCUCAAACGGGCAGCCUUUGAAGAGCUCAAGGCCCUUGGGAUCUUAGAAUCCGACGGAUCUUUGGACCUCAACCUGCUAAAAGAACUUUAUCGAACACACCCCGCAGCACCGCCUCGAGAUGAGAAAACGGAAGGCCGGCGCCGUUCACUGCCGGCUGACAAGAUGUCCAGGCAUGAACGCCACCAGCAGAUCAAGUAUCGACAUGCUGCAGUAGGGCUGUCCUUACCUGCUGCUGCGAGGGAGGUCAAGACUUUGGAGGUGUGGGAAAGAAGAGAAGAUAGCGAGGAUGUUGGAGGAAGAAUCGCAAGGGCCACAGGUGUUUUUGAUGCACUUAUGCGGGAAGAGUUUCCCCACUACGAGCCUGUUCGAGAUGUCUUCAAGCUCGCCAUCGAGAUCGUUGACCUCCACUAUUUCUUUGUGGGUGCAGAGGGUUUUCUUGAGGCAGAGUACCGACACCAUACCAUAAAGCGGGAACUAAGGAAGCUCUACUUGGAGUGGCUUCGGCUCGGAAUGCCGGAGGAUGCUAAAAAACGUAAGUAUCGACAUACUGUAAACAAUGCAUUAGGUGAUUAUGCGGCAAAGUGGAAGGUAGGACUCAUCUGA